CCGGGGCGUCGGCUGGUCCCAGGAGCUCAGUGCGAAAGCCGCUGCCGCCCGGACACUAUGUAGGAGCGGGCAGCGCCUGGCCGCACCCCCACCUCUCUGUCCGCGAGCGCCCCUGCGCCCCCUUGCCCAGGACACGCCGCCUCCGCGGCUCCACCGGCUGCUACCAUGAAGAAGCAAUUCAACCGAAUGAAGCAGCUGGCCAACCAGACCGUGGGCAGAGCUGAAAAAACAGAAGUCCUUAAUGAAGAUCUCCUACAGAUUGAGAGACGGCUCGACACAGUGCGGUCAGUGUGCCAUCAUUCUCACAAGCGCCUCUUAGCAUGUUUCCAAGGCCAGUUUGGCACAGAUGUGGAUAAACGACAUAAAAAACUCCCUUUGACUGCCCUUGCUCAGAAUAUGCAGGAAGCAUCUACCCAGCUUGAAGAGUCUCUUUUGGGGAAAAUGCUGGAAUCUUGUGGAGAGGCACAGAAUCUCUUGGCUCAAGAACUUUCUCAACAUGAAGUUUUUGUUGAAAAAGAGAUCAUGGAACCACUGACUAAUAUCGCAGAGGUGGAUAUCCCAAACAUUCAGAAACAAAGGAAACAACUUUCUAAAUUGGUAUUAGACUGGGAUUCUGUCAGAGCUAGGUGGAACCAGGCACACAAGUCUUCAGGAACUAACUUUCAGGGGCUUCCAUCAAAGAUAGACUCUUUAAAAGAAGAGAUGGAUGAGGCUGGGAAUAAAGUGGAACAAUGCAAGGAUCAACUUGCUGCAGACAUGUAUAACUUUGUGGCUAAAGAAGGGGAGUAUGCCAGAUACUUUGUUACGUUAUUAGAAGCCCAAGCAGAUUACCAUAGAAAAGCCUUAGCUGUCUUAGAAAAGGCCCUCCCUGAAAUCCAGGCCCAUCAAGAUAAAUGGGCAGAAAAGCCUGCCUUCGGAACGCCGUUAGAAGAGCACUUGAAACGGAGUGGGCGGGAUAUUGCAUUGCCCAUUGAAGCCUGUGUGAUGCUACUCUUAGAAACUGGCAUGAAGGAGGAGGGUCUUUUCAGAAUUGGGGCUGGAGCAUCCAAGUUAAAGAAGCUAAAAGCUGCUUUAGACUGCUCUACAUCUCAGCUGGAUGAGUUUUAUUCAGACCCACAUGCUGUCGCAGGUGCCUUGAAGUCCUAUUUACGGGAAUUGCCUGAACCUUUAAUGACUUUUCAUCUUUAUGAAGAAUGGACAAAAGUGGCUAGUGUACAGGAUCCAGACAAAAAACUUCAAGAUUUGUGGAGCAUAUGCCAGAAAUUGCCAAAGCCAAAUUUUGCCAAUUUCAGGUAUCUAAUCAAGUUUCUAGCAAAGCUUGCACAGACCAGUGAUGUUAACAAGAUGACACCUAGCAACAUUGCAAUAGUGCUGGGCCCUAACUUGCUCUGGGCCAAAACGGAAGGGUCUCUUGCAGACAUGGCAGCAGCAACAUCUGUUCAUGUGGUUGCAGUAAUCGAGCCAAUAAUUCAGCAUGCUGACUGGUUCUUUCCUGAAGAGGUGGAUUUUAAUGUGUCGGGAGCAUUUGUAGGACCAGCCUCGAACUCAAAUCACUUACCCCACACUGGGAAUGACUAUGAUACAGGCACUCUGGAAAGGAAGAGGCCGGCCAGCAUGGCAGUAAUGGAAGGAGACUUGCUCAAGAAGGAGGGCUUUGGUGUGAAACUUAUGGACUUCCAGGCCAGUCGGCGAAGUGGCACACUCAGUAGAAAGCACACAUCCCCCGCUUUCCACCCGCCACUCCCGCCCACGGAGGGCAUCACCUUGGCUCCCCCAGGCUCAGAGCCGCCCUCCCACAGCUGUGGGGCUGAAAACAGUGGAGGUGGUGUGGCUUUUCCCCCCUCUGCUGGCUUACCUGAGCCAGUGUCCACUCAAGGGAAUGAUGACGGCAGCCCUCCUAAACCCAAGGAGUCAGUGACUACAACGACUGCGGCACCUGUGAGAAAUGGGAGUCACGUAACGACAGGGCAGAACCAAGCCCAGCCAGCUAGUGGCUCUAAUCAACUAUCAGUUGGUCCAACUCAAAAUUCAGCCGGCCCCAGCCCUCAUUGCCUGCGCCGAGCUGUUAAGAAACCUGCUCCAGCCCCUCCCAAACCAGGAAAUCCACCCCCUGGGCAGCCUGGGAGUCAGGGUUCUUCAGGAGCAUCCCAGCAGCCUCCUUCCAUCUCACCAAAGCCAACCGCUCGAAGUCCUUCUCCUCCAAAUCACACAAACCAAGCACCAGGCCAGACCUCCGCUGCCCCCCAGCUCUCCGCACCCAGGAGGUACUCCAGUAGCCUCUCUCCAAUACAGGCUCCAAACCACCCACCUCCACAGCCCCCAACUCAGGCUACGCCUCCACCUCAGACCAAGCUAAACAGUCCGGUGCCACCCCAGCCAGCGGCACCGGUCAGUGAGCACGGACUGGAGCAGCCAGCUCACAGCCCGCCCCCGACGCCAACCCCUCCUGGGACACCGCCUUUGGGAAAACAGGGUCCUGCUCUCCAGACAUCUCAACCCCAAGCAGCAAGUAACCCAGAGAUUUCUCAAGCCCAGCAUUCACCUCCACACACUGGUACCUUACCGAGACCAAGACCAGUACCAAAGCCAAGGAACCGCCCUAGUAUCCCCCCUCCUCCCCACCCUCCUGGAGCUCAUUCAGCGGGAGAUGGUGGCCUUGUCAUCCCAACCCAGACGUCUUCCAAAAUAGUCACUGACUCCAAUUCUAAUGUUCCAGAACAGCUUCGCAACCUCUUUCCUGAAAUCCACAUGGAGCCAGUGAGCAAGGACCUGGCCAGCCGCCUAUUGUUGGACAUUGAGAAUGAUUCAGAGAGCACUGCUUUGUGAAGAAAACCCCUUGAGUGCUUUGACCCCUUUCCUUCCCUUUGAGUGGAGCAAGGAAAAAUGAACGCCCUCUCCAUCCAGACCAAACAGUGAAAAGCUUUUGGUGGAGAUAACGGCCCUGCUAUGCAGGGUUUUUCCUGCUGCGUAGCAAGAAGAGACAAUGGGGCUUUCACUCAAAGCUAAAAUGAUCUGGGUCUUGCAGAAGUUGUAUUUUCUUUAGUGGGAAGGGAAAAAAAAACACCAACAAAAAACAGGGCCAAAAGAAUCUAGCUGCGGAAACUUACAUAGGAAGCUUUACUUGCUGCUGUCAAUACAGCCGUUCCAAAUGAGUAAGAAACAAUGCAUUAACUAUUUAAUAAAACACACUAAUUAUGCAAGCCUCCUACUUCCUGCCCCUUGGGCUUCUGUUCCUGAACAUUAGACCUCAUGGUAGAGGAGCUGUCUGAUAAGAAAUGUUACUCUACCUGACUCACUGCAGAACGAUUUUGUGCCCCCUGGCGGUGACUGCUGGAUCUGUCACCAUGUUAAACUGGAUGUAUCUAGUGCCUUUUGGGACCGUUGGACUGUAGAAAGACAUGUACUGUUCCCUUUUUUUUUUUAACCAUUUCAUUGCUACUUGAUAAGGACUGAACAUUAUUCUAGCCUCGUGGUUAAUUUGAAUUAACUGUACCCUUUGGUUUAUAUGAAACUCAUAUCUCAAGGCAGAAUGUUGGGUGUGUUUGCUUUUGUUGAGUAUCAUUUACACAUCAUGGGAUUUGGCAUCUUAGAGAAUCUUGAGUUCUUCUGGUUCUAAGUCACAGAAUUCAAAACUUCUGUAAUAAGAAUAAUAACAACUUACAUUUACAUAGCACUUGAAGGUUUGUAAAGCCCUGUAAGUACCUUCUCAUAACUACCCUGAGAGGUAGGUGCUAUCCCCAUUUUACAGAUGAGAAAGCCAAGACCAGUAGAUGGUAAAUGACUUGGCCCAGGUCAUACAGCUAGUAAGUGGCUGAGGCAGGAUUUGAAUCCAGCUCUUUCUGACUCUUUAAGUCUAGCAUGCUUUGUCCCUAACCAUGCUGUUUCUUUCUUUAUUACAAUUUAUAAGUUCCUAAAAUUCAUGUCCCUUUUCUAUUCCCCCUGUCCAAAAUAAUAAUAAUAAUGUCAUUCAUUUCUGUGACAUUACAGUUCACAUACAUAAUUUGCUCUUCAGCCCUCUGAGGUAGGUAUUUGCAAGUAUUAUCUCCGUUUUAUACUGAGGCCCAAAGAAGCAACCUGACUUGCCCAGUCCCACUGCUAGUAAGUGGCAGAGCUAGGAUUUAAACCCAGAUCUUUGACCAAAGUACGAAGUUCCUGUGACUUACACUCAUUUCUGGAGAAUGUAUUGGUGAAUAUUCCCAUUGACUAUAGAAUAAACAAAGGUUACUCUGCCUGCUGCUAAUGAA